AUGUCGUCAAUUACUAGGGUUUCAGAUGCUUGGGAACUCAUGCCUCCGGGGGUCACAGCAGAAGAAAGCCAAGACACCAAGGGAAAUACAACUGAUGACCCAGAGAGCGGCUCUCCGAGUCCGCCUGCCAAGCGUGACCUUCCUAGACUGGUGAUAAGGCGUUGUUUCUGGGGUUUGCUGAUUAUCUUGUACAUUCUCAAAAUUCUGCACUUGGCCCAGCAGAAAGAUGCGCUCUUCUUCGAAAGCACAAUAGAGUCUAAGGAGCACGUGGAUCAUCCCCAAGACCGCAUCUUCCAUAUUCCUCACUACCAAUCUCGCCAAGCAGUCCCUGCCGUCUGCGCUUCCUACGACAUCCACGGCCACCAGAUCCCCUUCCACGAUGCCAUCGCCUCGGGCUGCACGGGCAUCGAAAUAACCGUUUAUCCGUCCGGCCGCGAGCUGCUCGUGGGCCACCACCCGGACACGUUGGCCCGCGGCCUCGAUCUACACGGCAUCUACCUCGACCCACUCCUGGAUCUCAUUCGACGGCAUAACCGUCCCCGGCAAAGGCUGCGUGCGGGCAUGCAUGACGGCGAAAUCAGUGGAGUCUUCUUGGAGAACCCGAGGCAAAGCCUGGUCCUGCUGAUCCGCUUGAACAUGAACGAGCAGAAUGCCGAGACGGCCUGGGCGCUGCUGAGCGCGCAACUCAAGAGUCUGCGUGAAGCGGGCUAUCUCACCCAUUAUGAGGGUUCCACGCUGGUGCAGGGGCCGGUGACCAUCGUCGCCUCGGGCGAUGCGCCGUUCCACCGUGUUCCGGAGGGGAGUGCCUUCAGGGACAUCUUCUACGAUCUUCCGCUCGCGGACGUCCUGUCGACGCCCGCGCAGACCUGGGAUCACGAGCUGGAGUUUAAUAUGCGGAAUGUGUACUAUGUGUCGGUCGAUUUCCAUGAGACUAUCGGGGAGGUGUCUGAAGCGGGCUUUGCAGAGGAGCAGAUCCUCAGGAUACGAGACCAUGUGCGGAAGGCCCAUGAGCGAGGGCUGAAGCUGCGCUACUGGAAUUCGGUGGGCUGGCAAAGCCAGUAUCGGAACUAUGUGCGGCAGAUCCUGCUCCACGAGGGGGUAGAUAGCAUUACCAUCCAGAAAUGA